AGAAUUCAUGCUUUACCUGGCGGUAUUUACGAUAUUUCAUCUAACAUGACAAAUCAAGACAAAGCAUUCCCGUGGGCGCUUGGAGUAUUCGACGCACACUGUCAUCCGACAGACACCAUGUCGAACAUUUCAUGCAUUACCUCAAUGAAGACAAGAGUACUCACUGUCAUGGCUACAAGAGCUGAGGACCAGAGCUUGGUCUCUUCUGUGGCAGACAUAUUUGGAUUGAAAGUCAGUCAAAGCCCAUUGCAAGAUCAGUGGAUCGAGGCACCGAAGGUCAUUCCAUCGUUUGGUUGGCAUCCCUGGUUUUCAUACCAACUGUUUGACGAACUCGAAUAUGACGGUGCGAAUGCUCUAAACGACGAACAGCGUAUACUUCAUUUCCAGAGAAUCUUGGUUCCCAGUAGCGAAGACACAGAGUUUUUGCUCAAUUUACCAAAUCCACGGCCGUUGAGUCGUUUCCUGGAAGAGACCAGAAAGCUUCUUGCAAGAUACCCUCUUGCUUUGAUCGGCGAAGUGGGUCUCGAUAAGUCCUUCCGAAUUCCAGUGUUUCGUUCAACUGGCCUUGAAAGCACCAAAGAUAGUUCCUUUACGGUUGACGGGCAUCCACGUCGACAAUGGUCGCCUUAUCGUGUUUCUAUGGCCCACCAACGGAAAUUGCUAAAGGCACAACUUCAAAUUGCCGGUGAAAUGCGACGGGCAGCUUCCAUACAUGGUUCGCAAUGCCAUGGGAUGCUCUUCGAGACUCUUUGCGAGAUGUGGGAGGGUUAUGAGCGGGAAGUUCUAAGCAGUCGCGAUCGCAAAAAGCUCAAAUCCGCAGCACAGCACAAUGCUGACGCUCACGGACCCAUAGACGAUGAGACCAAACCAUAUCCACCACGUAUAUGUCUACAUUCAUUUUCCGGUCCAGUAGAUCAAGUAAAGCAGUAUUUAAAUGUAUCAGUUCCUGUGGAGAUAUUUUUCUCCUUCUCUGAGGUGAUAAACUUUAGCAAAGGGAACUCUAAAGCCGCAGAGGUCAUCAAGAUGUUGCCUGAUGAUAAAAUCCUUGUGGAAAGCGAUUUGCACAUGGCCGGCACCAACAUGGACGAGUGCCUCGAGGCAAUAGUGCGCAGAAUAUGCGAAAUCAAAGGCUGGGAACUUAAAUACGGUGUUCAAAGAUUAGGAAGAAAUUGGAAAAAAUUCAUAUUUGGAAGUGAGAUUUUGGAAUAGUUAAUUUCAUUUUGCAGAACCUUUCGUACCAAGAAAUCGCG